UUGUGGGCUUCGAGGACGCGUUACGCCACGGCGAGCAAAUCGACACCGGACAUCAGCUUCACUUCGACCCGGCCCGAGACCAAAGGUACUGGCAUGGAGGAGGAAAAUCGCCGCGAGAAGAGGCCGCCCUAUUCGUACGCUGCUCUCAUCGCCAUGGCCAUUGAUAACAGCUCCGCCAAGAGGGAAACUCUCAGCGGCAUCUACGACUACAUCACCUCCAAGUUCCCCUUUUAUCAGAGCAACGAAAAAGGCUGGAAAAACAGCGUCCGACAUAAUUUGUCCCUGAACGACUGCUUCGUCAAGGUGCCAAGGGAGGGCUGCGGGAGCAGGAGGGGCAACUACUGGAUGCUGGAUCGCGCCUUCGAGGACAUAUUCGAGGAGGGCAAGUUGCGGCGUCGUCGUCACAGUGUGAGGAGACCUCUGAGUAACCUGUCGAGUUCGUCCUACCCGAACUACCCGACUACCUACAGCAGCUCCUUGUGGACCGUGAGCCAGCCCACCUCCCCCCAACCGAGUUUCUACCACACGGGUCCGCUGCUUCAGCACCACACCGGCUUCAGCGACUCCCCUCCGGUGAGCCCCUAUUUAAUGCCACCAUGCUUCCACUCUGUGCCCUUCCCCGUCUACCAGCAGCAGUUGCUGCCGCAGGACGAGUACCAGAAUGGCACCGUGAACUCCACCUUGGACACCGAGAUGGGGCAGUACGUCUACCAGUAUUUGCCCGGCAUGGGGCAACGUUGAGCAAUUUGAGCAGUAAAUGAUCGUUAAAUGCUGACCCCUUCGUUCGGGAAAAUCAUUAUAACUUGCCAAAUGUUAUUUUUGUAUUUUUGUACUUGGAUUUUCGAAAUGUUUUAUAGCCAACUUUGUUCAUGUUCUGAUGUUUAUUUAUGUUCGUUGGCUUCUGCACAGCGGUUUAAGCACACUUAACAGGUUUACUUGAUGUCAAAUUCAUCAUGUUUGUUGAAUAAACAUGUUUUUGGAAAGUUAA